AGAGAUGAGCGGGCAGAGCGGCGCCCGCCAAGAUGGCGGCGCCCAGUGAGGAGGAGGGGGCGGUGGGGCGCAGGUGCCACCAGCGCUCCGCGGCCAUGCUGGACGUGCCCUUCUUGCCCUUCUGUGCCUUCCUGGGAACGCUGGGAUUGCUCUGCGUGGCCAUGGUGGGCUCCUGGUGCCAGCACUGGCGCGGGGGCUUUUCCCUGGACGGCAGCUCCCGGACAUUCAACUGGCACCCGGUGCUGAUGGUGACGGGAUUGGUGGUGCUCUACGGCACAGCUGCCCUGGUUUACCGCAUUCCCUACACAUGGAGUGGCCCCAAGCUUCCCUGGAAGGUGCUGCACGGCAGCUUGGCUUUGGGGGCGUUCAUCCUGACCGUGCUGGGGCUGUCGGCCGUGUUCUGCUUCCACAACUCCCAAGGGACGCCCAACAUGUACUCGCUGCACAGCUGGAUGGGGCUGGGAACUGUCCUGCUCUUCUCCUGCCAGUGGGUGGCGGGUUUUGGAGCAUUCCUGCUUCCCUGGGCUCCCACCUGGCUGCGGGCACUCUACAAGCCCAUCCACGUUUUCUUCGGCUCCACCAUCCUCUUGUUGUCCGUGGCUUCCUGUGUGUCAGGAAUCAACGAGAAGCUUUUCUUCAGCCUGAAGAACGGGACAAUGCAGUACAAGCUCCUGCCGGCUGAGGCUGUGUUUGCCAACACCCUGGGACUCCUCAUCCUCAUUUUUGGAGUGCUGGUGGUGGCUGCCCUGGCCAGGCCCAGCUGGAAGCGCCCAGAUUCCGACUCCCCAGAUUCCCGGCAGCCCCUGCUCUCUGCCGAGCGUUGAUCCCAGGGAUCUCCCAUCACUCCCAAGCUGCAUCCAUGUGCCUCCACGUGCCAGCUCCUGCCUGGAUCCCCGGCCAUGCCAAACCCCAGUGCUUGCCGGUGCCAUCCCUCAAUGCCACAGCUGGAGCUGCUGCAGCCUCGCUGGAACAAAGAGGAACAUCCCUAUCAUUCCCACUCCAGAGGAUCCGGCUCAGGGUGGAGCCACUCAGGGACCUCAUAGACAUGGAAUAAAACAUUGGCUUCUGCAGGG